AUGUUCCUCCUCCACAGACCCUUUGCUCCUCCUCCAUCAGGCCUCCUCACCUCCUGCGGAGGACUCCAUCAGGCCUCCACACCUCCUGCUGAGGACUCCAUCAGGCCUCCACACCUCCUGCUGAGGACUCCAUCAGGUCUCCACACCUCCUGCUGUGGACUCCAUCAGGCCUCCACACCUCCUGCUGUGGACUCCAUCAGGCCUCCUCACCUCCUGCGGAGGACUCCAUCAGCUAAGUCUUCCUCUGCUCCUCCUGCUCCUCCUGCUAACCCUUGCUCUGCUCCUCCUGCUCCGCGCCCCUCUGCUCCUCUUGCUCCUCCUGCUAAGCGCCCUAAGCUUUCCUCUGCUCCUUCUGCUCCCCGCCCCUAUGCUCCUCCUGCUAAGCUUUUCUCUGCUCCUUCUACUUGGUGCCCUUCUGCUCCUCCUGCCAAGUCUUCCUCUGUUCCUCCUGCCUCCUGCUCCUCUGCUCCUCCUGCUCAGCCCUCUGCUCCUCUUCCUCCCCCUGAGUCUCCUCCUCACUUUCGUAAGUGCAAACGAAAGUCUUCUCCUCCUCGUGCUCCUCCUGCUGACGCUGCUAGCCUGUUACGCGUUAAACUAGCCCCUGUUGUUUCGCAGCCGGAGCCUGCCCCGCUGUUCCCUGGACCGGUCCCGGACUGGGUGGUGGAGAUGGAGGCGUACCUGAAGGAGCGGGAGCUGCCCUGGAAGGAGCAGAGAAGGUCAUGUGAGCCGCAGAGGCCUAUUCCACCGAUAACACACAAGUACUCCUUCUAUUUUUAA